AUGUUUUCACGACCAGCAACAAACGCCCUGAGGGGUGGCCUCUCCUCACGAACGGGUGCUACACGAUGUCUUUCAUCAAUUUCACAGGCUGGCAGACGACCUCAGAUGCACUCCCACGCCCGAACAUCACACAACCAGAAUUGGCAACAGUCCCGCGGCAAAGCUUCAUUUACUCGUGGUGCCAAAGAGCUUUGGGCCGCCCAUCCCUACCUCGUCUCGUUGGCCGCGGCCACCAUCCUCGCCGGCUCCGCUGGAAUCGCCUACGCCAACUACCUCUACUCGACCUACAUCAUCGCCUCGUUCCACAACUACCCCGAGCCCGUUGCGCAAAAGCUGCGUCGAGCCAUCUACUACACAAACAUCGACCUCGACCCCAAGAACGCCCUCAAGUACUACAAACAAGGCCUCGAGAUUGCCAAUGAGCUCGGCAUGGACCCCUUUUCCAACGAGAUCAUUGGCGUCAAGAUCCAGGUCUCUGCGUUGAUGGAGAAGAUCCAAAACUACCCCAAGGCUAUCCAGGUCCUCGAGAUUCUUAGAAACGAUUGUCUGGCUUGGGAAGAGAAGUUUGGUCGGCUCGAAGACCACAAGGAGAAGCGUACUCGCAUCAUGAAGCAGCUCGUCGCCCUCUCUGUCAAGCUCGGCGAUCUAUACUCCAACCAAUACAUUCAGGACGGAAAGGCUGCCGAAGAGAGACUCGUUUGGGCCUUGGAGACUUCUCUGCGGGAGAAGCAGCGUAGACGAGAGCCUGGUGUCUUGGAGAAAGAGGGCGAGUGGAUGUCCGACAACGAGAUGGGCGCAUCUAUGGAGGCUCUUGCACACAACUACGAAGAUCAAAACAAGCACUACCUAGCCGUUCCUCUCUUUCUGCAAGCCUUGAACUUCAAGUCGGACAAGGAUUGCCAUUCCGUCAUUCUCAUGAACAAUCUGGCCAUCUCCAUCGCUCAGCAAAACCCCCCUCCCAGCUCAGAGACAAAGCCCCCGUCACAAGCUGUACUGGUCGAGAACGCAAAGCAAUGGGCUCAAAAGGCUCUUGAUCUCGCUGCUGAUAUUCAGCCGCCAGCUCGUGACGAGGAAUGCGAUGUAGGCUGCGCUGUUGCACUACACAACCUCGGUAUGUACCAUGUCCCUGCUUCACCCACAUACAUUACUAACAAUCUACCAGGCGAGUUCGCCGAGAUGAACAAAGACAUCAUCGAGGCAAAGAAGCGUUACAAGGAAGCCGUCAGUCUUGCCAGAGCCAUUGGCUUCGAGGACGGUCUCGAGAACAGCUCUGCUGCGCUUCGACGUUUGUCAUAG